AUGUUUCCCACGCGCUCAGCGGCAAACCUGGAGCUCACUGGGGAGCAGCAGCAGCAGCAGCAGCAGCAGCAGCAGCAGCAGGCGCGGGGCCGGCUGGUUUGCAUAGAAUGCGGGGCUCCGGUGGACUGCAUCUACCGGGCCUUCCCUCCGGGCUCUGACAACAUCCGUUUGGUUUGCUGCAGCAGCUGCAGCAAACUGGCAGAUCCUUAUCUGCAGCACGACUCGCUGCUGCUGUCGCUGGACUUGCUGCUGCACAAGCCCCAGGUGUACAGACACCUGCUCUACAACCGCAAACCCCACACCAGAGGAGUAGUGCCCCACAGCAUUAUUAAAUUCACAAUUGCAUGCGUUUUCUUUGAUGCUUAUUUGGAGUGGUUUUUGCUGCACUCCCCGCAGCAGCAGCACCCGCAGCAGCAGCAGCGAGAGCAGCACGCCGACGCCGACCACGCCGGCUUCAGCAGCAGCAGCAGCAGCUGCUGCUGCGUGCAGCAGCAGGAUGUGCCCGCUGCUGCUGUCGCUGCAGAGCUGCAGCAGCAGCUGCAGCAGCAGCAGCUGCUGCAGCAGCAUAAACAGAACCGAAGCAGGAGCGCCUUCAAGCGCCCGUCCGUGCUAGCUUUGCUUGCAUGCGGCUUUGCUGCUGCUUUCUCCCCGAGUAGCAAGUACUGCAGCAGCAGCAGCAGCAGCAGCGGCAGCAACUUAGUUCAUAGCUGUCACGUCGCAGCCGACAGUCGCCCGCUGCUGCUGGAGAACUACCACAAUGUAGCAGUAGCAGCAGCAGCAGCAGCAGAUAGCGCCCUCGAUGAGUCUGAGGACUGGGAGGGCUUCCGCUACAGCAGCAGCAGCGGCAACAGCAGCAGCAGCAGCAGCGUGGGCGAGGGGAACACAAGGGAUUCAUUUUGGUGCUCUUCUCCGCAGCUGGAGGAGCAGCAGCAGCAAGAGCAGCAGGAGCAGCAGGAAGAGGAGGACGAGGAGGACGACGCUGAGCAGCAGCAGCAGCAGCAGCAGCAGGGGCUGUGGGGCCCGGGCGAAGCAGCCCUGGGGGAGCCCGCUCUGGGGUGGCUGCUGUCUUCUUCAACAGCAGCAAUUGAGCAGCAGCUGCUCGUGCUGCUGUCUUCUGCUUCCGAAUUGUUUUCUUUUCUAGGCACUGCUGUGCUGCUGACGCGGCUUUACGUGGCCUUCAGACGCAGGCGAAACAAAGCUGCUGCUGCUGCUGCUGCUGCUGCUGCUGCUGAGACGGCGGCAAAGCGCGCGCCGACGGUUCAGCUUUCAUUGCUGCUUUUCAUAUAA